GGCGGGGCGGGGGUGGGGGCCAGGCGCAGCCCGGGGGACCCGGGCGACUUCCUCCCCUCCCUCCGGUUGCACGUGGGGUGGCUGAUGUAAGACCUUCCUCCGGGGGCUUCCCCGCCCACCGCCGAGCUGAGACACCCCCUCCCCCGCCCCCCUCGCCGGGGGCCCAGCUCGCUUGGACGUUGGCCCGGAGGGCUCGUGGGGAGAGGAGGCUGGAGAGUCCGGCUUCGGGGGUCCGUGAGGCCAGGUCCCGCUCCGGAGGCUGGGCCAUGCCAGCCCGGCGCCCGCGAAAGUGGGACACGUGAAGGGGGCGCGGGGACAUGGGGCUUUCGGGUUCACCCUCCACGCCCCGCGGUAUGAGGAACUGAACCUCAAGCUGCAUGGCCAACAGGAGGAGGAGCUAGGGUUUAAACCCAGAUGGGUCUAACUCUUAAAGCCUGCCAUCAUCUCUGCGAUGCAGUCUGGUUGGAAUGAAGUCUGAGCAUGGGGGCCUGAUUUGGAACAUGAGGUAGGAACAUCUGUAGAGCACCUUUAACACCAAAAAGAACAUGCAGGUGCCAUCUUGCAGGGUGGCUGACAUAUCAUUAGCAUCAUCGUUAUCAUCAUCAAAGGCUUUGUGAUGGAGGCACUCACUCUCUGGAUGGGCAGACACCAGGGAAGGGCACCAAACAGCCAGGAGGUGUGAAUAAAGGCAGCUUGAGGAAGUCGGACCACAUAGCAGGAAGGUAUUGCAGCAAGAUGGAUUUGGGAAAGAACCAAUCUCGUUUGACACUGCAUCAGACACCUGAUUCUCACCAAGAAAACUACGUUCCAGAAGUGAUUGGAACUUGGAGUUUGCGAAACAGAGAGCAGCUCAGGAAAAGAAAAGCUGAAGCACAAGAAAAGCAAACUUCACAAUGGCAAUUUGGAGAGAAAAAAUACAAGCGGCAGAGAACAGGAAAAGGAAACCAAAGGGGCAGAAAGAACAAACAAAAUACAGAACUGAAGGUGGAGCCUCAGUCACAAUUAGAAAAGGAAAUGAUGGAGAAUGCACUUACAGAGAAAGAAAACGAAUCACCUAGGAGUGUAACUGAAGCUCUCCCUUCAGUAACCUCCCCACAGAGAAUUGAACCUGAGAAAACAUUUUCUGCAAUAGGUCAAGAAAACAUUAUAUGUCAGGAAAAUUCUUCUCAGUACCAAGAAACAACAGUUCAAAACCACCCUUCUGAAAUAGGCCAAGAUAUGGCCGAACCUGAAGACCUCUCUCCUAAAAUGUGCCAAGAAAUCUCUGUAAUUCAAGGCCCUUCUUCCAGAAUGUACCAUGAUAUGGCUGAACCUGAAGACCUCUCUCCUACCGUGUGCCAAGAAACGUCUGUAGUCAAAGCCCUUCCUUCUAAAACACAUGAAGACAUAGCUGGCAUGGAAGGAUGUGCUCUUGAAGCAUACCCCAAACCAGAUGUGCCUAAAGGCUACACUCUUGAAACAUACCAAAAAAGAGCUGAACCCAAGGAAGACAGUACUGAACCAGGUCAAGGAAUAGCUGGGACUGAAAACUUUCCUCCUAAAAUACAACAAGAAAUAGCUGUGCCUAAAGACCUUUCUACAAAAGCAUACCAAGAAACAGUUGAACCUGAACACAUUUCUCAUAAAGCAUACGAAGAAAAUUCUGUGCCCAAAGCCCUCUCUUAUAAGACAACCCAAGAAACACCUGCUCAUGAGGAAUGCCCAUCUGAAAUACACAUUUACCGAAAAACACCUGAGCCUGAAGAUUGUGCACCUGAAAUAUACCAAGAAAAACAAGGGCCUGAAGACCUCUCUACUAAGCCAUACGAAAAUAAGAAUGUGCCUACAGAAUGCUUUCCUGAACCAAACCAAGAAGCAGAUGGGCCCCAAGGCCAGGAUCCUAACGCACACCAGGAAGAUGCUAAGGCUGUUCAUACUUCUUCUCAAGAAAUGAAAGAAAAACCCAAAGCACAAGAACCAGAGACACCAGCAAUUCCAAAUGUUCCUCAAGAGAUUCACCCAGAAAAUGACGUCUAUAGUUAUGUUUUGUUUUAACAAUGCUCAAUCAUAACAAUUGUGCAACAAAAUACACAUCUUAUUACAUGUGACUUUUCUCAAAAUAUUGUAGCAAUCUCUACAAUAUUCAUUCAUAUUUUAAUAGUGUGUUCUUUUUCCAUGUAUAGAUCAUAUCUGAAAGAGAGAACUAAUGUGUUUUCCAGGCUAUACUACAUAGACAACAACCUACAGUGUGUGUGUGCAUGUGUGUGUGUAUGUAUAUGUAUAUCGGGGUGAGGAUAGUGGUGGGGAAAGACGAAAAUGCGAAAGGGGAGGGCUGAAUAAUUAACUUUCCCCUAAUAUUUUUUAUUAAUUAUUUUUUAAUUUAUACCUGUGGAUAUUUUUUCAUUGAUUUUCAGAGAGAGAGUGGAAGGGAGGAGGAGAGAUAGAGGGAUAAAAACAUCGAUGUAAGAGAGACACAUGGAUUGGUUGCCUUCCGCACGCACCCUGACCAGGGCCUGGGAUUGAGCCUGCAACUGAAGUAUGUGCCCUGGACUGGAAUUGAACCUGGGACUCUUCAGUCCAUGGGCUGACGCUCUAUCCACAGAGCCAUACCAGCUAGGGCUUGAUUAAUUCUUAAGAGCAAAAAAAUUAAUAAAUUUGAGCACUUAAAAUUUGGGUGAGUAUAUACUUUUCUUGUAAACUUUGUUCAACUAAUAAUGUAACAAUAGCAUCAAAAUUUUAUUCAAGUUUUAGUUGUUUUUUUUUAAGUUAAUUUUAUCUUUCUGGGACUCCAAAGAUAUUUUGUAGUGCUGAAUGUAUUUACUUGUGUAUUUGAAAUUGAAUUUUCUGUUUUCACUUUUUAUAUAUUGUAUUUGUACAUUAAAUCAUUAUUACAUGCUUAA